AAAAAGAAGAAUUGUGUUGUUAAAUGUCAAAUGUCCAUUCUAUUUUAUAUAUAAGUUGCCGUUAAAUAGUUUAAAAUUUGAAUUGUAACUGAUGCUUUAAAAUAUACAGAUCUAAAAAAUAUAUAAGAAAAUGGAAAACAAAUCCGAUUUUAUUCCCGCGGCUUGUUCGACAGUAAGUAAAAAAAAAGUACAAAGAAACACUCAUAGUAGCAUUUUUGAUGAAGAUAAUUCUAUUUUUCCAAUGAGUACCAGUCAAUUGCAAGAAAAGAAUCUAUCAGACGUAAGUUAUGAACUGGAAGCACAGAAAAAAUUGGCAAGAACAUCUCUUCAACGAGCUAAUAAAGUAUCUGCUUUACCUUCGAAAUAUCUACGUGCUAAUUAUAGUAAAUCGGAAAGUACCUCACAUGUACACAUGUAUAAUGAGAGCACAGUGAGUGAAAGUGAUUUAUUAAAUACUCCAAAAAGUGCUUCAACACCGCGGAAUUCUAUUCAAUCUUUAGAGCAGCUAUCUUACAGAUUAAAAAAUAGUGAUUUAAGUAUCGAUAAUUGGGUGGAUGAUUUUAAAAAAGUGAUAAAAAAUACGGGUGAUCAAACAAGCAACAUGUUCAAGCCAGCAGAAGAGCUUUCCAGUAUGCUCUUGGCCGAUGAAAUGUCAUGGCGUCAAAAAAAUGAGAUUCCCAUUAAAGACGAGCAAUUUUCUGUUAUACAAGCUAUUGAAAAUGAAUCUGUUGGUAACUUUUUCCAGCAACGGUGUGAUACAUUAUCUGAAUUUCCAGGUGGCGCAAGUCCUAAUACAACAAGAGAACCUGUACCUCUCAUUGAAUCUAUGUCUGCUGUAAAUAUUACAGAGGAUCAAUCUCCUUCAGAUGAAGGUAGCCCCGAAAAUCAGAAAAAAAUAAGUGUUUCUAUGAUUCAAAGGUUUUUAGCUGAAUCAAGUUGUACACCCAAAAGUGCUGUUAAUAAUAUUUAUAAACUAUGCGAAGAUAAUCAAAGAUUUGUAUCACUAGAAAACAAACCGAUCUAUUCCCUACCUGUUAGUAAAAACUCAUCUUACACAAGUGAUCACUCUGAAAAUUCCGCAAUGAAACAAAUUUGUAACAAGGAAAAUAUUGAUUCAUUGAAUACAAAAACUUCCAGUAGCAAUCUAUGCCCUUCUCAGACUUCAUCGAGAGCAUCAAGUGCCAUGUCUUCAUUACAAAAUGGUAAACUCCCAAUCGAAACAACAAAAUGUGAAUUAAUUUGGGGCUGCGUUAAACUCGGAAAAUCCGUUACACAGGAAUUCAUAAUAAGAAACAGAUCCGCUAAAAAACUGGGUAUCCAAUUGUCUUUGACCAGCCAGGAGUUUAAAAUACGCAAAGAUAAUAGGAACGAUAGUGAGCCUUUGAGUUCUAACAAAAUUUUAUUGCAUGCUCACGAAUCAAAAGCUAUUAUUAUAUCGUUUGUUCCAACAAAACGAGGUGCGGCAGUGGAUGACCUUAUAUUCACUUCACUUGACCCAAAUAUGACACAAACUAGGAAACAAUCUGUUAGACUUUUCGGUUAUGGUGGAUUCUUUAAGGUUGAUUUCUACAAUUUAACAAGAGACACCGCAGGUAAAUUUUGGAUGUCGCUCGGUAAAUUAGACGACAGAACUUUAAUAACAUCCACUUUUAAAGUUAAAAAUAAGGGGGAUCUACCAGUAUUUAUUUACAUAUCAAUACAAUCUUUAGAUACUUGCAAACUUUGCGUAAAUCCAAAUUUAUUCGUUCUCCUCCCUCAAAUGCAAAAAGAAAUUGCGAUUAGCUACAGACCAUCGAGUGAGGAUUAUAAUUUCAAAUUAGAUAACAGUCCGGUAGUAAGCGAUUUAGGAAAUUUAAUUGUCACAUUCGGAGCUGAAGUAGAUCGGGGCAGAUUAAGAAGAAUUUGUGAAAAAAGUAUCGAAAGUGGACUUAAAAUAGAUUCUAUAGCAAAUGUACUUAAAGAAAAAAUCGAAGGUGAAGUGAUGCCCAUCGAUUUGAUCAUGUUUAAAGAAUCUCCAGCUAACAUGAAAGAAAUAUUGAAAUUAUUAAAUUAUCAUCAAAUUGUAUUAACCUUAGAGAGAGAUCCGGAACAAACUAUUAUACAACAAUAUUCCGAUGAUUCGGGUUUAUAUCAAUCUUUAUACCAAGAUACUACAAUAGUUGCUGCAAAAUCGAAUGUUUCGAGUUCUUGUUAUGUAUCUCCGUUAAUGAUACUUCUAACUCUUCCUUAUAAGUAUAAAGAUACCGUGUUUCUGAAAUCCGAAAGUAACUGUAGGUUAAAUUUCAAAAUAAGUUGUCAGAAUCAUUUGGAUGUGAAACCGAAAGAAGGUACUGUGGAACCUCACGGCACCGCAAUUCUAACUAUCAAAUAUUGUUCUAAUACCGUAAGCGAAAAAAAGUGUCUAAAAGUGAUUAUUGUUAUUGAAAAAGAGAUUUUCGAAGUUGAAGUUAGAGUGGAUUCUCUUGGACAGAUUAAAAAUAAAAACAAGUCUAUUCUCAAUUGCAUUUAAGUUAUUAGUAUUAUUAUAUUUUUGUGAUAUAUUUUUAUAAUUUAAAUACAUAAAAGUGACAUUAAA